AUGACAAAGAACAAGCCCAUUCCUCCGCUCCUGGAGCCCAAGGAAUGCCUCACUCCAGUAUCGCUAACGCAGAUCCAUCACCUUCUCAACGAUAUCGAGUGCGGCUGCCCCCGCGAGCAACUCCUCGAGCUUCAACUCGAGGUUGUUCGCAACGCAAACGACCUCAUAAUGCAAGACUACCUCGACUUGAAGUACCGCGAGAAGCAGCUCUCAACCGACCUCGUGACCUCAGAAAACCGCGCGCAGUUUUCGGAGAUGGACCUACAGAUCGUGCGGAGCAGGCUCGAGGUCGCACUGGACAACAACACUAAAAGGGAUGAUUUGAUUGCUCGUGGUGCACGUGUAGUUGAGCAGCUUGAGAAGCGGCAUACCUUCGAGCUCGAUCUCGUUGCUAACGACGUACCCCUCCCAGCCGUUAUUAGUACUCGCCAGGCCUGCGUCGAGGAGGAGAAGAUGCGCUUCUUGGACAACGCCAAGGCGCUGUUCGACCUGCCGCCAAUCAAGGCCAUCGAAGCGUACGGAAACAAGGCUACCUCAAACCAGCCAGGAACCCACCUCCCCAAGUCAGAGACACAAGGGCAGCAGCAGCGGCUUCAAGACCCAGUCACCCCUCCCCGCCAGAUCGGCCGCCUCCAUGACUACGACCACAACGGCGCAGAGAUCGAGGUUUCUGGCCUAGAUGGAGCCAGGGUGCCUUUCCGCCGCUUACGCCUCGGCUACACCAGCCCACUUUCGCCCUGCCCCAAGCGUUGA